AUGCAUAUUAAUGUUUUCUGUAUAGCUGUUUUCUUCAUUCUUGCAAUUGAUUUGAUACAAUCUCAAUCUUAUACCGCUGUUCAACCAGGUGGUGGUCAAAGAGUUCAUGCAUUACCAUUUCAAAAUGGUUUUUAUAGAAUAAUUCUUCGUGGAAAUCAAACAAAUAAACAAUUUACAAUUAUUGAAGGUGUAGUGUAUAUGAAUGAAGGAGCGCGAUUACAUUAUCAUAUGUUUGAAGAUGAAAUGUUUUUUGUUACAAAUGGUACUCUUCAAUUUUAUGUUGAUGGUGAUCAAUUUUGUGCUAAAGCUGGUACAACUGUCUAUAUACCACGAAAUAUAACACAAUCAAUUCGAAAUAUUAAUUCAAAACCAGUUCAUGUUCAAAUAUUAUUUGCACCAUCAGGUAGAGAAAAUUUUUUAGAAGAAGUCAGUAUUAUUAAUGAUAAUCCACCAAUUAAUGCUACACUAGCAAAUCAACUUGCUCUUCGAUAUGGACAAGUUAAUUUAGGUGAAGUAUCAUCAUGGAAAGAUCUCAAUUGUGUACAUGAUUCUAGUACUCUUUUGAAAUUAUCUUUUUAUUUAAUGUUUUCAAUGUUUCUGAGUUUGAUUUUCAAUGCUGAUUUUUUUUAA